AUUCAAUUCCUUUAAGCAAACUAAUGUUAUUAAAGAUCAAAUCAGUAGUAGAUUCACAUUGACUCUAUUCCGAAUACAUCCGACUCCCUUCCUCUUGUUUCUAAAGGUUCUCAAUGGGGAGCCCAUUAUAUGAUGCCCUAUUGAUUAUCACAGGCUCAGUCCAUUAUGAAUAAUUACUUGCCUUCAUGGUGAUUGCGCUCCCUGAGAAUAAUGAACAACACGUGAGAAUGCAGCGUGGGCUCCUGUUGAUCUCACGCCUCUCGUAUUCACACACACACACACAUGUGCAAGCACACACACAUAUAAACCUCGAUUCUCCACUGCAGCAUCGCCAAAGGGAGCUGCGCUCUCUCACGCACACGUUCCUCACACAAUGUGAGAUGGGAUAAGAUGAGAUGACAUUAUCCGCACAUCUCCCAUCAUGCCAAACGACACAGAUGUGCCGCUGUCUGCGUGUGCUCUGGGACGCGGCUCGCGCAUCUCCCUCGCCACCGUCUACUCCUUCAUGUGCGUUGUGGGAACCGUCCUCAACCUCCUGGUGAUCUAUUUGGUGGUGACGUUCAAGAAGCUCCGCACAGCCAGUAAUGCGUUUAUCGUGAACGGCUGCGUGGCGGAUCUGCUGGUUUGUGCUUUCUGGAUGCCCCACGAAGCAGCGGCCACCUCCACUGGGACUUUUUUGGUGAUUGGCUACCAGGCGUUCAAAGAAGCGCUGCUGUUUCUGGGAAUCACCGUGUCGCUGCUCUCCCACUCGCUUAUUGCCGUCAACAGGUAUGUUUUGAUCACCAAAACCCCUGCUGUGUAUCAAAGCCUUUAUCAGAAGAGAAACACAGAAUGGAUGAUCGCAGGAUCGUGGCUCAUCUCCUUGGGCUCCUUGUUCCCGUGGAUCACGUCCUUUCGGUACCCGCCCGAGAGGUGCCGGGACGCCGAAGACGCGUCGUUCGCCAAGGGAACAUCGCUGUCUGUUUUGUCCAGUCGGUUUGCUGCUGGUACACUGGCGUUUACUAUCAUCGGACAGACUUUGGUUGUGGUGUACUGCUACUUUAAAAUCUUCCGCCGAGUGCAAAUAAGUGUGAAAAGAGUCAGUAUUUUGAAUUUCCAAAUCGUGAACAACCUUCCUUAUUCGUUCCCCAGAAAGGACAAGCGACUCGGUUUUUACGUUCUCGCAGUGUGCUUUAUUUUUAUUCUUACAACCGAGCCGAUUUUUUGGGUUCUUGUCGCGGGACUCUUCAUCCCGGUGUCCGUGGCGCUUUGGACGUCAGCGUGGAUUGUGUUCUGUACUAUAUUCGUGUCCAAUCCCUUUCUGUACACCUGGAAGAACGAGGAGUUUCGGAAGUCCUUCAGGUCUGUGAUGAGAGGAGACUUCUUGCGGGGAUCCACGGUUGGAGUCGAACCCAUCACCAUCAAUACCAUUUCUCAUAUCUUCCCCAGACAAAACAGCCGCAGGGCAUUUCUGAGUGAGACGAACUGAGCUAGACCUGCGAAACCUUACGACUAGUACUGUGGCCAAAUUUCGCUCGUGCCUGUCCAAGAUGCUUCUACAAUCUGCUGGUGAUUUUUUUCAGUCACGAUGAGCUGCAUGUGUUUUACAGUGU